CGCUGCCUCCCACACAAUUUCGACAAUUCGACCUCAGCUUCUCGACAACACCGCUAACCCGCAGCAACCGUCAAGAUGAAGUACAUCCACUCUGAGGAAGAGCUCGAGAUCCCCGAGGGCGUCAAGGUCCAGAUCAAGAACAGAAAUGUUCUCGUUGAGGGCCCUCGCGGCAAGCUCACAAAAUCUCUCGGUCACUUGGCGGUCAGCUUCACGCACCCCAAGAAGAACCUCAUCAAGAUCGAGCUCCACCACGGUUCCCGCAAGAGCGUCGCCACCCUCCGCACUGUCCGCACCCUGAUUAACAACUUGAUCGUCGGUGUCACCAAGGGUUACAAGUACAAGAUGCGUUACGUAUAUGCCCAUUUCCCCAUCAACGUCAACCUGGACAAGAACAAGGAGACCGACUGCUGGGAGGUUGAGAUCAGGAACUUCAUCGGCGAGAAGCUCGUACGAAGGGUUGUCAUGAGGCCCGGUGUUGAGGUUGAGGCAUCAAAGAACCAGAAGGAUCAGCUCGAGCUGUCCGGAAACUCGCUCGAGGACGUCUCCCAAUGUGCCGCCGAUAUCCAGCAAAUCUGCAAGGUCCGCAACAAGGAUAUCCGAAAGUUCUUGGACGGUCUGUACGUGUCGGAGCGCGGCAACAUCGUUGACGACGCGUAAACGGUUCUGGGGAGUACGGGUUUCUUUACGGGCAAUGAGCAUCUAUGAACUUCUCUGCAUCAUAUGCGGUUGGCGCCUGGGGGUCUAAGAUCAAAAAACGAUGUUCAAACAAUACCACCAUGACUUGAUGGAAUCGCGCCGGCACAUUCACCAUGAAGUGUGAGGUGAUGAGAGGUCAAUAAGAUCAGUACUUGCCAGGAGACAUGAACGAUCUAAACUCACUCCAACACAACAGCGACCACUU